UAGAUGGAAAACAGGAAAAAAAAUAUUCUGAACCAAUGGACUGCUGACACAGUACAGGAGAUGACCAGAGACUGCGGACAUAGUACAGGAGAUGACCAGAGACUGCAGACAGUACAGGAGAUGACCAGAGACUGCAGACAUAGUACAGGAGAUGAGCAGAGACUGCGGACAUAGUACAGGAGAUGAGCAGAGACUGCGGACAUAGUACAGGAGAUGACCAGAGACUGCAGACACAGUACAGGAGAUGGCCAGAGACUGCAGACACAGUACAGGAGGUGACUAGAGACUGAGGACAUAGUACAGGAGGUGACCAGAGACUGGGGACACAGUACAGGAGAUGACAAGAGACUGUGGACAUACUACAGGAGAUGACCAGAG